AUGAUCACAGACAUCCUAGCAAUCGGCACAUUGUUAAUUGUUACUUGCUUACUCUGGGUUUGGGGGAAACCCUCUCGGUACAAGUACCCCCCUGGGCCCCCUGGAUGGCCCCUCGUUGGCAACCUCCUCAAAAUUCCCUCGAUCCAACCAUGGCACCUCCUCACGGAGUGGAGGCAUAUAUAUGGAAGUAUCUUCCGUCUUCAUGGAUUGGGGAUUUCCAUUGUUGUUCUGGGCGAUAUGACGGUUAUCAAGGAACUUCUUGAUGCGAGAGGGUCGACAUAUUCUCAUAGACCCGUGUUCACUGUUGCCGGAGACCUGCUCGAUCUCGACAAGUCUUUUGCUCUCCAACCAUACGAUGACGAUUGGAAAAUUCGGCGCAGGUUAGCACGGGUUGCUCUCAGUCCCGGGGCUAUCAAACAGUAUCAACCUCUUCAAGAAGAUAUCGCUGCACUCCUCAAUAUGGCAUUGCUUGACACGCCUGAAUCGUUCCGCAACCACAUUAGGCUUGCUGCUGGGCGUCUCAUCCUUACCAUAACCUACGGGAUUCCAAUAAGCUCGUUGGAUGACGAGUUUAUUGCACUAUCAGAAGAAGCGAUGUCUGUGGUCUCUAGAGUCACGGUCCCUGGGACUUAUCUAGCGGAUGUAUUUCCAAGUCUCAAAGGCUUGCACCCCUGGUUAUUCCGUAAUCAGGUGGAACACGACAGGAGUACGAUUCGGGACUUCAUCAACAGGCCUUUCCAUCAUGUUCAGAAGCAAAUGGCAGAGGGAAUUGCGCCCUCCUCGUUAGCCCAGCAUUUACUUGAGGACCCCUCAGAUCAUGGCUUUAGUAGCAAACAAGAUCACGAAGAUGCUGUGAGAUGGAUAUGUGGUGCUCUAUAUGGCGCUGGGGCAGAAACAACAUUCUCCGCUGUCUUGACAGUGAUUCUAGCUCUCGCACUUCAUCCAGAGAAGCAAGACCGAGGUCACAGAGAGAUAGAUUCCAUCAUUGGGGCUGGGAGAUUGCCUACGCUAGAUGACAAGGGCUCCCUGCCGUAUGUGGAGGCGUUGAUCAAAGAAUCCCUACGGUGGCAUCCCGCUGUCCCUUUGAGUCUCGCCCGCCGCACUGCGAAAGAUGACAGCUACUUAGGUCACUUCAUUCCCGAAGGGGCGAUCGUAAUCCCCAACAUUUGGGCCAUAGCUAGCGACUGCAACGACCAGUACUCGCCCUCCCAGUUCAUACCUGAGCGCUUUCUCGACGAAAAUGCUCCCAUUGACCCGGCUACUUAUUCGUUCGGUUUCGGUCGGAGGAUAUGCCCUGGCAAGCACCUCGCCGAGAACUCAGUCUUCCUUUUCGUGGCUUCAAUCUUGGCCGCUUUCGAAAUCUCCGCAGACACAGACCUUGAAGGCAACCCCAUUUCACUCGUCCUGAAUUCAGCUCUGGUGUAG